AAUUUUACCGUUUUAAUGUUAUACUAGGGCAAGUUUGGGUUAAUUGUCAUUUAACCAAGUCGAAUCAAGAGGGCAGCGAUUUCGUCCAUAUUUUUCAUUUCUGAUAGUCUAUCUUUGAACUUCGUACUUCGUAGUUCGUACUCUGGACUUAAUCGUUUGGUACUUUCUUGCACGUUCAAAAGCGUUGAAAAUGUUCGCCACCCGAUUUGCCAACGGGGCCCGGAGCUUCGUCACGUCCGCCGUGAAAAGAGGAAGCCACGGGGGUGUUCCUGGAGAAAACCUGCCCUUCACGCUCGGAGGACCGACGAGGAUGACUGUCAUGUUCAUAGCUUUUUUGGCGAUACCCUUUGCAACUCCUUUCGUGGUCGUCAGACAUCAAAUGUUGAAAAAAUAAAUUAGAUAUGGACAAGAGAUGAACUUCUAGUGAUUUAAUAAUAAUAUUAAGAAGAUGGAUGACUAUUGUAAAAUUGAUUUCAUUUGUUAAAUAAAUUGUUUAAAAGUACGGACAAAUUGAGAGUUAUUUGAGUACUUCUAUGGGAAUAUUGCAGUAUGCAACACCACACCCUCACCCCUCCCUCUUAGGAGCUACCACCUGGUGAAUGACAGCUGUAAGGGAAAAGUCAAUACUUUGCCUCCCUUGGGGUGAAAUGCACGAUGCUCACGUACCCCCUACUGUUUUGUUGAAUUACUCACAGAUAUUGUUAAAUUAUGUUUUCCCUUUCUGUCCUGAUUUUUGUAAAGUGAAGUGAAAAAUGGCACUGGCAAGUACAGGUAGUUACUAUAAGUUGUUUUUGAAGGGUGAAGCUUCAUUCAUUCUUUUUCUUCAAAAUGUCCUGGACGAGGACAAUAUGUUUUUCUUACGGCUUUCAAAAUACUGUGAAACAUCAUAUGCAAUUGGAAUACUUUUCCCAGUAUUUGCUUCAUUAGACACUAAACUAGGCUUUCAAGUACUACUUGUUUCUUCAUUUUCUGAAUGGGGAAGCACACUGCUAAAAUGGAUAUUGGCGGAGCCAAGGCCUUAUUGGUGGGUGCAAGAGGAAAAAUUGAAUAUUCCGUUGCGGCAAUCAGAAUUGACGUGCGAAACAGGACCUGGCUCUCCUUCUGGUCAUGUUAUGUGUUGUGCUGCCCUACAAUACGUUUUCCUUCACUGGCUCAUUGUCUGGUGUAAUGAAAGUUUUACAAACGAAUGGGCAAAAUACAAGAAUCCUAUACUCGGAUUCUUCUGGAUAGUUUAUAUUUCACUAAUUGUUUUAAUUGCAGUCGCUAGGGUGAACAUUGCUGCACAUUUCCCACAUCAGUGUAUUUUUGGUGCUACGUUAGGUUAUUUACUCGCUAACUUUUUGAUCGAUGACCCAGAAUGGGGUGUGUCACACGGACUUUUAAAGUUGCCUAAGACAAAGAUGUUUGCCCUUGCUGUAUUUUUUUCACUACUCUCUGGCUGUGUUUAUGGUGCUCAUCUCUUACUAGGGUAUGAUCCUGGCUGGAGCAUUAAACUUGCAUUCAAAUGGUGUAGAAGGCCAGAUACAGUGAGCGUUUAUACGACUCCUAUUUAUUGUCUUGUAAGAGAUGCUGGCUGCUUUAUCGGCUUGGGCCUAGCCAGCCCAAUCAAAGAAAGAAAAUUCUACCCCAUUGUCGGUGCUAUAGUGACAACAUUAUUUUUUGUCAGCACAAGACUCUUGAAACCAAUGAUGCCAAACAAUGAUCCAUUUCAGUUUUACCUUUUUCAUUUUCUUGACAACACCUUCAUUAGUGUUUGUCUUUUAACAGUCAUCCCUUAUAUCGCUUCAUUGGUCAAGCUCAAGGAAAAAGUUAACUAAUGCCAAGUAAAACAGUUUUUUACUGUAAAUGUGUGCUGUUGUGUACUCAUGUUUUCUUUUGUAUAUUUUAUAAGAAAUAAGUGUAUUUGUCUGAUUUAUUUUUAAGUUAGUGCUUACAAUGGAAUUUCUAGGGCGCACAUUAAUUAAAAAUAUUUUCCCCCAGAGAAACUGCAACAUUUCACAUUUCAAAUAUUUUCUAUAUGGAAUCGAAAGAAAAAACAAAAUCUAAAACUCUUGUCAAUUUUGAUAUGAAUGUAAUAUUUUAAAAAAAUCUUAUACCAUGUUGUCUCCAAUCCAUUUCUUCAAAAUAAAAUUCAGGUGGGUGAUUAUAUAAUAUAAAAAUAUUUAAAAAAUAUUACAGCUGAAAUACCAUCCCCAAAAUCAAUCUUAAAAUUUAAUAAAAGUUUUUAAUUGAUUAAUGUUUCUGUAAGUAUUUCAGUAGUUAGUUUAGUAAUAUAUAUUAAAUGUAAAUAAAAGACAUGUUUUUGACAUGACCGUCCCUUAUAUUUUAACAUUUAUAUUUUUAUUGUAUGAUAUUUGUGUUAUAAAUCAUGAUCAUUGAACUUAAAUUAAAAAUAAUUUUAUGGUGUUAUGAAAUAAACACAGGCAACAUUUAUGGAUGAUUGUGGAACUUGAACAUUCAAUUGUAACUGCAAAUAAAUAAUUCUUCAGAAAUCUAUGAUAAAUUAAAUAAACAACUUGUGUAAUA